AUGGAUAUAGGAGGUCUAGAGACAGUGGUGGCCAACUCAGACUAUGUGUCUGCCUGGGGAGAUAGUGGGCCCUUCUCGGGGUGGGACAGGAAGAUGCGGGCGAAGCUGAAGUUGCCACACAUCACCCAGCGUGAGCACCUCAAGGACUCCUUGGACCUGGAUUUCAACUUCAUCUGCGUGAGGCAACCCAUUGGGAAGAGGCUCUUCCCGCAGUUCCUAGAGGAGACAGUUGGGUUCAAAGCGGCUGGCGGACUGUGGGAGAGCAUCGAGGACUACAACGCAUCAGAGGAGGCAGACAGGCCUCAAGCCACCCAGAAAAGCAUCAAUAAAUACUUUGACUAGGCCUCCAAGGAGUUCUGCUCUUUCCUGGAGGAGAAGGGCGUCAUGAGGGUCAAGGAAGACGCCAGACACGGACAUGAGGACCUCAAAGAGUCUGAGCAGCACUUGCUGAAGUACCUGAAGGAAAAGGCCCUCGGCCCAUACAGAAAGAGCCUCCAUUUCUACCACUUCCUCCAGUUCAAGUGGCUGGAGGCCCAGAGCGUGACGGACGAGUGGUUCGUGGACUUCCGGGUGCUGGGGAAAGGGGGUUUCGGGGAGGUGUGUGCCUGCCAGAUGAAGGCCACAGGCAAGAUGUACACCAACAAACGCCUCAACAAGAAGCGGCUCAAAAGCCAAGGAUAUGAGGGGGCGAUAGUGGAGAAGAGGAUCCUUGCCAAAGUCCACAGCCACUUCAUUGUCACCUUGGUCUAUGCCUUCCAGACCAGGGCAGACCUCUGCCUCGUCAUGACACUGAUGAACGGAGGAGACCUCAGGUACCACAUCUAUAACGUUCACGAGAAAAACCCGGGCUUUUCGGAAACCAGGGUGGUCUUCUACACAGCUCAGAUCCUCCUCGGGCUGGAGCAGCUCCACCAAAACCACAUCAUAUAUCGGGACCUCAAACCAGAGAACGUCCUGCUGGACAAUGCAGCGCAUGUACGGCUGUCAGGUUUGGGCUUGGCAGUGGAACUACCAGAAGGAAAAGACAAGGCCAAAGGCUACGCUGGCACUCCAGGGUUUAUGGCUCCAGAACUGCUCAGAGGAGAGAAAUAUGACGCAAGCAUUGACUAUUUUACGCUGGGAGUAACCCUCUUCGAAAUGAUUGCCGCAAAAGGACCUUUCCGCAGCCGUGGGGAGCAGGUAGAGAACAAGGAGGUGACCCGGCGCAUCCUGGACGAUCCUGUGACCUACCCAGAAAGGUUCAGUGCUGAAUGUAAAGCCUGCUGCGAGGGGUUGAUGGCUAAAGACCCAGCCGGCUGCCUCGGCUUCAAAAGCGACAAGUGCGGCGAGCUGAAGAGCCAGCCUCUUUUCCAGAAAAUGAACUGGGGCAGCCUAGAGGCAGGACUGGUUGAGUCCCCCUUUGUGCCGGACCCCAAAGUGGUCUAUGCCAAGGGCCUUGGCGACGUGGGUGCCUUCUCCACUGCAAAGGGAGUCCUCAUCGAUGCAACUGACAAGGCCUUCUACGACGAGUUCUCGACCGGGAACGUCCCUAUCCUGUGGCAUGACAAGAUGAUCAAGAUGGGGGUCUUUGAGGAGCUCAACGUCUGGGGCACAAAGGACUCUUGGUUCUGUAUCUUCUGUAUCUUUUAA